GACUAACUUAAGUGUCUUCUAGAAGGAUUCAUGAUAAACUUCACAGAGUCUGUUUCCCCUUUUUGUUGUUUUAAUCCAGUACCAGAGGACUCACCAUGUGCCUAAAAGGAUUUAUGAGUAACCAUGUCAACAUGACACUUCUGAAGACCUGUGUCAUCCUUCUCCUUCUGACUGUGUUGUUCUUUGUACUAAGAAACAUGGACCUGCUGCAGCUAAAUUAUGAAGAAAACUUUGGCAUCGUCCUCAAGAAAGUGACCUCUGCUCCUCGCACUGUUGCUCACACUGCUCCUCACACUGACAACUUCUGCACCUUCGAGCCGCUGUCCUUGGCAGAUGCUAAGGAGGAACGCAUGUUAUUAGACUCCAUUGCUUGGCCUGAAACUCCUCCUCUGCCAGCUCCUUUUUUAUUUGACCAGACAAGUGAUCCCGCCCACAGCAUUUUCACCAUUCUCCCAGGGAGGGGUGGAGUAGACCGGCAUGUAGGAGACCAGCUGGAAGUUAUGAUACAAAUAUACGACUUCCAAGGUAACCCCAAGAAGUCUGGAGGAGAUGUCUUACUUGCUCGGUUGCACAACAGGGCUCUUGAAGCAGGUGUGGCUGGACGAGUGGUGGAUCACCUUAAUGGCUCCUACUCUGCUGUAUUCCCUUUACUCUGGGAAGGAAGUGCACAUGUUGAGGUGACGCUUGUCCACUCAAGCGAGGCUGUCACAGUUCUGCACAGGCUGUAUAGAGAACAUCCUGAAAGGGUUCUCUUUAAAAGCCUCUUCCGCUCAGGUUCAAGCUCUGAAACUACCUAUAAUGUAGUGUGUUUAGAAGAUUCUUAA